CAUGUUUGUCCGAUGAAGAUCAAACUUUCAGUGUGACUUUUAAAUAUAAAAGGAUUUCCUAAAUGUUCGACCCCUCAUGGUUUAGGUAAUUUGCAAAUUUUAAAAGUGAGUAAAUUCUGACUCCUAGCUCUUCAUCAUCUUCAUCAUCCCUGCUGUCCGCAUGCCUCUUGUGUUUGUGUACGGGACACUAAAGAAAGGCCAGCCGAAUUAUUUUAGAUUGAUUGACUCUAGCAAUGGGCAAGCUGAGUUCAUCACUUGUGCCCGAACCGUAGAGCCAUACCCACUGGUGAUCACUGGCGAAUGCAACAUCCCCUUCCUGCUGAAUGUGCCUGGCUCUGGACAGCGGGUCUACGGUGAGAUCUACAGCGUUGACCAGAAGAUGCUGGAGUUUCUGGACUGGUUUGAGGAAUGUCCAGACUGGUACCAGCGCACCCUCAUCCAGCUGGAGAUCCUGAAGGGGAAUGGUGAAACUGAAGUUGAGGAGGCUUUUGUUUACACCAAAACUAAAUAUGAACCCGACUGGCUCAACAAGCCCACAUAUGACAGUUAUGAUAGCAACGGUGAUCAUGGACUGAAAUAUGCAUAUGAAGAAGACAUGACAAGGUCUACAUUAGAUCAGAAAUCUGCAGAUUUUUCACAAAAUUCUGAGCAAGAAAUUAAAAAAAACAACAGUCUGCAGAUUCUGACGAGUACUGGAGAUGAUCAUGAUGUAAACUUCAGAGGCCCACUUCAAUAAGACAAAUUCAAUUUAAUUAAAUGAAAACUAGAACUUUAGUUGACCUACUCUAAUGCCAAGUUCACACUGCACGAUUUUCACUCGCCGACAGUUUUUGUGAAAUUGCAGACAAAUGCCCGAAAUCGGAAGUCAGUCAGUGCUCAUUCAAGCUAAAGUCAGUCACACAGUAGGAAAGAUGCAAACUGAGAGGAUCGCUAGCGUGUCACCAUCGUCUGUGAAAUAUUCAACAUGCUAACUAUCUAGAUAUGUCAGCUUUUCAAAGUCCUGCUUGUGAAUGAGUUCUGAUUGAACUCUUUUUGUAUUAUUUCUAGUCUCGCACAUAGUUUUGUGUUAAUUUCUUAUCACUUCUUGUGUGUUUACAAGUAGUCAGCCACUGUUUUGAGUGUAGUCCUGCAAUGUUUGUUCUAAUGUCACUGAUCAUUCAUACAGUAUAAACACAGCAGCAACUGAACGCUACCUCAGAGAGUGAUGCAUUGUCAAAACAACGGCGAUCCAAAUACUGUGAAAAUCAUGCAGUAUGAACUCAGCACAAAAUGGGAAACUAAAGCCAUGUUCACGUACACAGGUAUUUUUAUAAGCAGAAUGCUCCUGCUUUUAUUUUUAAGGAAAUCUCUGUCCACAUAAAAACACACUGCAACGCAUGUUAAGGGCAUGCCGAACCAACAAGUUUCACAAACUAAUUUCCGGAAGAGCGUGGGAUGUGAUUGAUCACAUCUUCAUUGAUUUGCACAUUUUGCAUUUGGUGUGAACUCAGCUGUGUCAGCCAAUCAGAGAAGUGUGCAUGCUGAUGUCAUGAGGCAAAACCUCCACAUGACCACACUGUACCCGGAGUUUCAGAUAAACCUUUAACUUGGCCGAAGUUUUCAGAAGUAUUCAUGUUCAGUCACCCGAUACUAUGGACAAACAGUGAAACCGGUUAAAAAAAAGUGCUGUUUUGAAAAUACCCAUGUUUGUGUGGACUGCCUGAGUUUUUGGUUUCAGAAUAGCUGAAUUGAGUGGGUUCAUGUGAGGAAUAUUGUAGUUUUAGCAGAGAUUAAAUCUCGAUUUAUGACUAAAGGAUUUGAUUUGUGAAUUAAAACCAUGUUAAACGAUGUUUGUCAAACAUCAGAUGUCUGAAUGGUGAUUUAGUUACACAUUAGGCUGUUUUUUAUAUUAAUAAUAAUGACUUAUUGGGACUAAAUGUGGUUUUGGACAUGGAUUUGUUUUAGUUGUCAUAUUUAGUUGAGUACCAUGAAAAGUAAAUGUGAUUUACUGAGUUUAUAUGAAACUUUAGUUUGAAGUACCAAGUAAUCUGGAAAAAGUAAUCAUAAAAAAUCUAUUUAUGAUUCAUUAUACACAUACAUACAUGAUUAUGUAAAAAAAUGAUUGAAUCUAGAUAUUGUACAUUGUGUUUUAUGAGUUUAUUAGUUUGCACUUUACAAUAAAAUCAUUCAAUCUGAA